AUGUUUGAGCACAUUCAGCCGGGACCCCCGGACCCCAUGUUCAACUUGAAAAGAGAUGCGGACAACGAUCAUAGCCCGGAGAAAGUGGACUUGGGAGUUGGUAUUUACCGAAAUGAGUCUGGUAGCUACCAGGAAUUGGAGGUUGUCAGAGAGGCCAAGAAAAGACUGGAAGAUCAGGAUCUGGGACAUGAUUACGGGCCGACUACCGGCGACGCAGAGUUCCUCAAAUUCGCGGCUGGCGUGAUGUUUAGUGAAGAUUGCGACGCACUGCGAUCUGAAAGGAUCUCCUCCGUUCAAACCAUCUCAGGCACAGGAGCCAACGCCCUUGGGGCUCUGUUGCUUGCUAAGACUAUGCAGCCAAAGCCCAAGGUUUACAUCGGAAUACCCACCUGGGGCAACCACCUCGAUAUCUUCCAGAAUGUGGAUAUGGAGACAAUCACGUACUCGUACCUCGACUCAACAAGGCAUGAAGUGAACUUCUCUGGCCUCCUCAGUGCCGUACGCACAGCACCCCGAGGCAGUAUUUUCGUUCUCCAGGGCUGCUGUCACAACCCCUCUGGUGUGGAUCUGAGCGUUCAGCAAUGGCAAGAACUGGCUUCUGAGAUGAGAGAACAUGGUCAGCUGCCAUUCUUCGAUACUGCGUACCAAGGCCUGGGAGACGGUUUCGACGAGGACGCGGCCGGGGUCAGAAUCUUCGUUGAAGCUGGCAUAGAGAUGCUGGUCUGUCAGUCCUUCUCCAAGAACUUCGCCCUUUACGCUUAUGGUAGCCGCCUGGUGAAGAUUGUCUUGAGUAAUAGUGAUCUGCGGAUGGCCUGGGCUGCGGAACUUGACGGCAUGAGGCAGCGACUCAAGAGAAAUCGACAGGCACUCUACCACCAACUCGCCCAUAUGCUAAAGACCCCUGGUGACUGGAGUCAUCUCAAUCGUGAAAAAGGACUCUUCUCCUGUUUGGCGCUUUCACCUUCUCAAUGCGAGACUCUGGUCAGCAAGUACCAUGUUCACCUGCCAGGAUCAGGGCGCAUCAACGUUGCUGGCUUGAGCGAGGAUAACGUGGCACGCGCAGCUCAGGCGAUCGAUGAGGUCGUUCGACUGCCCGGAAAGCAGAAACUCUGA